CCGCGAGCUAAUUCAUGUUUAUUUUAGCAUCGGAAGAGUGAGCUUGUAUGUUGUUUUUAAGUCAUGUCAAAUCCAUAUUUUCCUUCACCUUUACCCAGAGUUGAAGAUUCCUUAUGGUUCAACGUUGAUAAACCUAGAGAUGACGAGAACGAGCUCACACUUCUUGAAGAAAGGCAUCAAGCUUGGGUUAGUUUGUUGUUAAUUUAAUAACAAACAUCACUCAAUGAAAACUCGCUCAGUCGUCCAUUAAGAUUUAAGAUUAAGGCGGUAUUAUUUUUAAAAAAAUAAUAAUACAUUAUUUUUUUUUUAAAAUUAUAACAAUAAAAUCAAUUUUUGACAGGUGGUUGUGAAAUUAAAUUCAUCUCAGUUAAUUUAUUGUAAUUUGAGGAAAUAAAUAUUUGAACUCUACAACUUUAUACUUCUUUAUACAUUAUGAGAUAAUGAUUAUACUUUAUAAUUAUAUUUAUAAGAAGAGUAUAGGGUUUUGCCAACUAUUUUUGUCUUUCACAUUCUUCACUUUAACACUACAUCGUGAAUAGUUUAAGUCUCGCACUCCCAACGCAUUAUUUUGACUAAUGACUAACAAAACAGUUCAGUGCAUUGUAAAAUUGGAAAAACAAAUGCUAAUACUUUUUUACAGUAUAGUCAUUAAAAUUAAAAAUUAUAUGGUUGCCUUCUUUCUACUCUUUGUAAUUUAAUUUUUUUAAAUAUUAGAAUUAGAAGUCUAUUAGACAUUAGUAGUACUAAAUGAGUAACUUGUGAGUUAGAAUUUAGUUAAGCCAUAAAAUAAAUUAGGCAGUGUCUUCACGUCUGGGGCGCCGGACGUACAUCUCCUGCACUAUUUGUCCAGCGACCAAGUCACAUGUCCGCCGUAACAAAGUGACGCGAGAUAUUUGUCCGUCAGCCUUGUCACAUGACCACGAAUGAUUCAAAAACCAUUAUUAAUUUUAAAAUCGAUUUCUCUGCCAAAUAAUGUAAUGAGUAUCUUGCAAAGAAAUAAUAGAAAAAAAUGCUUGGGUAUAUUACCAAAACAAAGUGGGAGUUAAGCAAUACCGGUAAUGCAUUCUAGAAGGACGCAAUACUGAGAGGGAGAGAGAAUUAUGGUAAUAAAAAAUAUUAAUGCUAAAAAAAUAAUAGUGAGGGUGAUAAAUAAUUAAUUUAAGGGGGGGGGGGGAGGGAGGAAGGUAACAAAAAAAAUGCAAUACUGAGAGGGAGAGAGAAUUAUGGUAAUAAAAAAUAUUAAUGCUAAAAAAAUAAUAGUGAGGGUGAUAAAUAAUUAAUUUAAGGGGGGGGGGGAGGCAGAUAGUUCACAAAGAAAUAGACCCUACAUCUUAAUAUAGGGCCGAUAUAGUGGUAGCCUAGCCUACUUCUCAUGCAAUACUAAUCCUAAAAUACAACUUUAUUGACAUAGAUCUAUUGAAGUCUACUGGUCUCAUUUUUUUGUUCAUAUUUUAAAUUUAGGUCGAGCUGUACAAGAUGUUUAACCAAGAUAAAGGACUUUUUUCUUUGAAGAGUCCGAAUCAAAUAGACUAGUAAUAGUAGUAGUAAUAGUUCUACUAGUUAGUAUAUAGGCCGAUUAGUUUAAUAUUCAAAGUCAAACACUUUAUGUAUCUCAGUGCAUUUGAAUAUAUUAACAUGUUCAGCAUUCAUUUAUUAUCUAGGGAUCGGAAUAUCAAAUGCAAUGCAACUAUUUUGCCGGCGACCACUUGUCACAUGACCUGCAAGAAUAAUAACGCCUUCCAGUCGUCUGGCGGUCACUUGACAUUCCCGCCGGACGCUUAUCUCCCGCACUAUUUGUCCGGCGCCGCUGUGUAGACACUUCGAUUAAAUUAUUGAUAAUCAAUAUCAUAAAAAUUAAAGUAAUAUGUUAAUCUAAUGUUUAAUGUCCCCAAUGAAUAAAUUUUGAAAAUGUAUAAAUAUUUAUAAUAUAAUAAUCCCUUGCUGCUGACCUUGCUUGUUUUAUAUGCAUUGUGAUUACUGUGAGCAAAUCACUUUUCCUCGCUACAAUUGAAAUGUUACUUAGCAACCCCAGUCUAGUGUAACUACUAACUACUCAGACUCUAGUCACUUGUUGAGUUCUAUGGUAGUUCUAAAGUUCUUUUAACUCUUAACCUUAACAUUAACAAUACUUUAUCACUUACUCCUUUAUCUUCCAUAGCACUAGUUAGAAGUGCUCAAUAGUAGUUAGUAGUAGCAGCCUAGAAGUUUGUGUAGUAGCCAGUGUUAUAUGUUCACUGAAAAGUGUAGAGUAUGUAUGAAGCCUUUAACAUAUAGACUUGUAUAGCUUUUUUUAUGAUCCCAUUAUUAUGAAAUUUCUUGGCACAUAUUUGGGAGAUAAACAGUUUUGUUGGCAAAGAGCUUUGGCUUAUUGUUUAUUCAUUAUUCUUUAUUUAUUAAAGAAAAAUGAUGUCCCUCAGUGACAAUGAGCCUACUGGUAGGAGAUGCUAAAAGUUUUAAAUUGAUACAAGCAUUAGCAAACUAUUAUUUCAGCUGCAUUUUCAAGGUGAUAUCUCUUUCAAAAAAAAAUAAUGAGUUUGUUGAAAACUAUAAAUGUUUACAUUUUAAAAAAAUUAUUAAAUACAUUAUCUAUGUUAUGAAUCUUUUAACAGAUGAGUGCAAUUGCUAUGAAAGACAAUAACAUUGUUCCCAUUGGGAAAUCAUCAGAGGUAAGCUCACAGAUGCCUAUUAAAAAUUAUGAAGGGUGACUAAAUUUUGCCUUUUAUGUUUUGAUUUCUUUAUCUCUCAAGUAGUAUUACAAAUUUAAAAGUUGUAGACUUCAAUUUUUAAUUUUGAAAUGGGACUAGAAAAUCACAUACAUUGAAGCACUACAGGCACUAACUUCCAUUUAAAAUUAGACCUUAUGUCUCCCAUACAUGUAAAAACAUCCCCACUUAUCAAUAUCAUCAUCAGUGGCACUCCACCACAUCCUUCCAUUCGGAUCAAUCCAUGGCUUUCCACCUCCAUGUGCGAACCCCCAACUGGUGUAACAUUAUUGAUCCAUCUCAGUCUUGAUCGACUGGUGAUUUCUAGAUUUCUGCCUGUAUAUCACUUUUGCUGCUAUACAAUCCGGCAUCCUUUCAAUAUGUCCUGUCCAGCGUAGUCUGCCUUUUUUUAUUGUUGCAACUAUGCAUGGGUCUUUGUACAAUUGAUAUAGCUCUUGGUUUGUACAGAUUCUCCAAACAUCAUUGUCUAUCAGUGGGCCAUAUAUUUUCCUGAGGAUUUUCCUCUCCCAUGUAUUGACAGGUUCUCUGUUUUUCUGGUAAGGGACAAAGUCUCACUAGCGUAUGUUACUACUGGUCUUAUGAUAGUGGUGUAUAUUGUCCACUUAUCAACACUGCUUAGAAUUUGAAACAUAUAUUCUUUAACACACCAACAAUAAGAUGUGACCAAUGUUUAUUUUGCAGCACUUAGAGGAGGAGGAGGAAGAAGAAGAUGAGGAAGAAUGUGAAGAGGAAGAGGAAAGUGAUGAUCCCGACACCGACAUGAUGGAUGAGAGAGAUUCCAAUGAUGAAGCAAGUACUUGUAAGUUACUGUGCUAAGGAUUAUUAGUUCUUCAUUCUUCUUACAAAGAUUUAAAUAAAUGCCUGAGCUAAUAAUGGAUGAAAUCAGCCAUAAGAGCUGUGUUUAGUUACUGAAGUAAAUAAAUAGUGGAACAAGAUAUGUUUAGACUUGCCACUAAAAGACAAGACAAUUAAACAGACGUUUCAGCUAGAUGCCUUCUUCAGCAGACAAUACUAUACAAUAAUCGAAAGAUUAAUUAAAAAACGUGUUCAAAUAUUUCAAUAAAAUCAAUGUAGCUCAAUGUUCAGAAUAGGACGCGCUCUACUCAAUUGUUAGAAACGGAAGUUAAGUUGUUCAAACCAAAACAAGCGUCCCCCAUUAUUUUAAGGUGCGUACUAAUAACGGUAAAAGAAUUUAAGCAUUAUUAAUGUAAAAUUGUAAACAGUAAAAAAAAUGAGAAGAGAAAUGGAGGAAUAUAAAAGAUCAUUAGUAAGUGAGUUUUUUAAAUUGAUUCCAUACGGUUAUUUAGUGGCGAAAAUCUUUGAUUUGUUUUCAUUCUUCACUCUCGCUGAAGUAUUGAUGCAAGAAAUAAGAGCAGUGAUGGAUACAUCUGAUGUGCCCUUGUUUUCACCUCCAUUGAAAUGGGAUGAGACUGGGAAUGGCUUGUUUUGUUCAAUGGGCAAAAGAUGUUCACUGAACCUUUCAGAUAGUCUGCAUAUAUUAUCCUUCAGUUAUUGAACUAGUUUGGUCUACUGUAUAUGCAAUAUGUUUAGUCAUUCAACAUUUUGGUUGAUUUAAGACCUACUUUCAUAUGUAGUGUUACGCCAGUGUGUCCACAAUUUUUUUAUUUGUUUCAGAUUAAAAACCUGCAAAGAUUGGAUCCGUCCUAUAGUUUGAUAGGUGACAACAGACCGAGCUUCAUUUUCCCAACUACCGGUACAAAAAGAAAUGCUCUGGCUUUGCUAGCAAUUUUUGUUUAUAUAAACUGCAAUGUUACUAUCUUGAGAGAUUAGGCUGCAUAAAUUAAAUUUUAGUUGUUUUUUUUUAUUUCACUCUGGGUUCUAAAUGCAUUUCACUAAAAGUUAAUGAACCAUGUUGCUUAGAUAAACUAUUUGAAUGUCGUUUAUAAGAGUUAUGUUAGUAAGGAAUACAAAUCACACCUAUUACAUAAUGCAUUUCUUUCAAAAAAGAUUUAUUACAUUAUAAUUGUAUUAAUUGGUAGCAUUGAUUGCAACAAUAAAUUUUUGCAAUAAAUAAUACUAAGCAUUAAAGAAUUGAGAAAUUUCAUUUAUGGAUGUAUUUUAUAUACAUAAUAAUUAUGGAUUUCUCUUCCAACUUCGAAGUAAUGACUGCACAAUAAUGAAAUUUAAAAAAAACUUACAAUUUUUUUCAGUAAAUUGUUUAAUUUUAUCUUUUAAGAAUUUUUAUAAAAGCAUCUUUAGGUAUUUCAACAUUUCCUAUCAAUCUAAGCUUUUUUUUCCCUUCAGCUUGAUUUUUUAAGAGUUUCAUCUUUCUUGUGAUGUCCCCUCCAUACUGAAAUAAAAAAAAAUUCAAGAACCAAAUAAACUUUUCAGAUUGUAAUCUUCUAUAGUUCAUGCACAAUGGAGGUGUCAUUUCUUUGAGGUUUGUGAUUUAAAAGACACAAACUAUCCGUAGAUACAACAAGAAGUUAUUUCAACUACAAGCCAUCAUUUUCAGAUACCUGAAUUAAAUGCAAUACAAUAAUAAUGUAUAAAAUAAAUAACCUUCAAAUAGAGAGACACUACUAUUUGAAAUUAAUAAAAGAGGUGGAUAGGAUUCCAGUUUAUUUGAAUUCACGCUACUUGUUGUACACACAGAUCAGAUGGUGUUUUUGAAUGGAGGAGAUUGUUUUUGUAAUAAUCCAUAAAUAACUUCACACGAUUUUGGGGACCCCCUCACAACCCCCAUUUAUGAGUGGCCCCCCUAAGUUAAUCAUCUGAAAUACUCGAAGCACUGUCAAGAUUUUUGGGCAGCAUACAUAAUACAAAAAAAAAAAAAACUAGUGGAUAAUAUGAGUUGUGGUGUCUGUAGCCCUAUAUAUUAAUGUUUAUAAAAUUUAAUACCUCGUUAAAAAUAGCAUUGCAAACAGGCCCUGUCAUUUUUUUAGAUCAUUUGAAAAAGACAAAAUUGAGAUAUAAAAAUUUCAGUAAUAUAUGGUAUUAUCACCCUUGAGUAGGACUUCUUUUGGCAGAGUUUAAGUUAACUUUUUUUUAAUACAGUUUGUGUGCAACAAUUGUUUAUGAUAAUUGGACAAAUCAUUAUAGUGGCUCUUUAGCUUCAAUUGUUUGGAAGAAGCAAUUCUGAUUUUAUUUCAUAUUGUCCACACACAUGUAGCUGAACAUAUGCUUUAUGUGAUCUAAUGAUGUAUUUAUUAAAAUGUCUGUAUUACAUAGUUGUGGGAGUAUAAAUUAUUCUCAUUAUGUUAAGAUAUUGGGAUUUAAUUUUUUUUUUUUUUUCAUUUUUUAAAUUUGCCUCAUAUUAAAACUAUUCAUUUUUUAAAUAUUGAAGUGCAUGGAUUCACUUGUCAUUUUUUCUGUAUGUUUUCACUUUACCUUAGUGAUUUUUUGUUAAAAUUUUUUUUAAUUUCAUAAGCUGUGAAUUAAAUUUAUUAUGAUUAUAAUUUGUUUUUAUUUAUUAAAAUGUCUGUAUUAUAUAGUUGUGGGAGUAUAAAUUAUUCUCAUUAUGUUAAGAUAUUUGGAUUUAAUUUUUUUUUUUUUUUCAUUUUUUAAAUUUGCCUCAUAUUAAAACUAUUCAUUUUUUAAAUAUUGAAGUGCAUGGAUUCACUUGUCAUUUUGUCAGUAUGUUUUCACUUUACCUUAGUGAUUUUUUGAUAAAAUUAUGUAUAAUUUCAUAAGCUGUGAAAUAAAUUUAUUAUGAUUACAAUUUGUUUCACCAUCUCAUUUUUGUUAAAUGUUUACAUGUAAAAAAAAAUAAAAAUCUUAUUUGCUUACAC